AUGAAGGCUGCCUACACCGCCUAUCGAUGCCUCACCAAAGCUGAAGGCUGCGCCAUGAACCCGGAGCUGACAAUGGAAAGUCUGGGCACUUUGCACGGGCCGGUCGGCGGCGGCAGCGGCGGGGGCGGCGGCGGGGGCGGAGGGGGCGGGGGGGGCCCGGGCCAUGAGCAGGAGCUGCUGGCUAGCCCCAGCCCCCACCACGCGGGCCGCGGUGCUGCUAGCUCGCUGCGCGGCCCGCCGCCGCCAACCGCGCAUCAGGAGCUGGGCACCGCCGCGGCGGCGGCAGCCGCGGCGUCGCGCUCGGCCAUGGUCACCAGUAUGGCCUCGAUCCUGGACGGCAGCGACUACCGGCCAGAGCUCUCCAUCCCGCUACACCACGCCAUGAGUAUGUCCUGCGACUCGUCCCCGCCAGGCAUGGGUAUGAGCAACACCUACACUACGCUGACGCCGCUCCAGCCGCUGCCACCCAUCUCUACGGUCUCAGACAAGUUCCACCACCCGCACCCUCACCACCACCCUCACCACCAUCAUCACCACCACCAUCACCAUCAGCGUCUGUCCGGCAACGUCAGUGGCAGCUUCACUCUCAUGCGGGACGAGCGCGGGCUUCCGUCCAUGAACAACCUUUAUAGCCCUUACAAGGAGAUGCCUAGUAUGAGCCAGAGCCUGUCUCCGUUGGCUGCCACGCCGCUGGGCAACGGGCUGGGUGGCCUUCACAAUGCUCAGCAGAGCCUGCCCAACUACGGUCCGCCGGGCCAUGACAAAAUGCUCAGCCCCAAUUUCGACGCGCACCACACUGCCAUGCUGACCCGCGGUGAGCAACACCUGUCCCGAGGCCUGGGCACCCCGCCUGCGGCCAUGAUGUCUCACCUCAAUGGCUUGCACCACCCUGGCCACACUCAGUCCCAUGGGCCAGUGCUGGCUCCUAGCCGCGAACGGCCCCCUUCGUCCUCCUCGGGUUCUCAGGUGGCCACGUCGGGGCAGCUGGAAGAGAUCAACACCAAAGAGGUGGCCCAGCGGAUCACCGCCGAGCUGAAGCGUUACAGCAUCCCACAGGCGAUCUUCGCACAGAGGGUUCUAUGCCGGUCUCAGGGGACUCUCUCCGACCUGCUCCGGAAUCCCAAACCCUGGAGUAAACUCAAAUCUGGCAGGGAGACCUUCCGCAGGAUGUGGAAGUGGCUGCAGGAGCCCGAGUUCCAGCGCAUGUCUGCCUUACGCCUGGCAGCAUGCAAACGCAAAGAGCAAGAACCAAACAAAGACAGGAACAACUCCCAGAAGAAAUCCCGCCUGGUGUUCACGGACCUCCAACGCCGAACACUGUUCGCCAUCUUCAAGGAGAAUAAGCGCCCUUCGAAGGAGAUGCAGAUCACCAUUUCCCAGCAACUUGGGCUGGAGCUGACCACUGUCAGUAACUUCUUCAUGAAUGCCCGGCGCCGCAGCCUGGAGAAAUGGCAAGAUGACCUAGGCACAGGGGGCUCCUCGUCCACCUCCGGCACUUGUACCAAAGCAUGAUGCAAGGACUCUCACCUGGGCACAAGUCACCUCCACAUGAGGACGACACGUACCAAAAACCAAAACCAAAACCAAA